GUGUAAAUAUGAGGCAGGUGGUCAUAAUGUUAUGGCUGAUCGGUGUAUGUGAUGACUUUAUCAUGUAUUUCAGUUGGUAGAGCACAUUACUUAGAAAACCAGUGUUGUAGGUUUGAUUCCCAUGGGUGUCAAGGUAUUGAGUAUAAAUAUGAAUCAACUCACUGAAUUACUUAAACACAAAUUGGACAAAUACAUUUUACCUUAAUCCAAGUCACGACUUAACCCUAUUUUAAAUUGUAGAGGACGUUUUGUACCAGCAACUAUAGUAAAUAAAUACCCACCCAAACACAUGCAUGCCCAACACUUAGAAGGGCUAUACUUGUCACACAUAUAAACGCACCUCGACUGAAAGGUGACAGUAGGCUUAAGUCACCAUAUAUCCAUUAGGCUACAGGUUAUAACCUGCGACACCGGACGCCAAACACUACGGCACAGUGGAAGAAUGCAAGUCCAAACUCCGAACAAAAAAUGCACCAUUACCCCCCACCGUUAGAAGAUGCGGGACAUCUGCCCUACGUCGAGCCUUAUCCAUUCAGAUAGUUGUGCUCAUGCUGCUCGUUGUGCAAAACGAUUGUCUCUUGUCUGGUCACGCAGAAAAGUCCUCCGUAUUGUUUGAAUCGUAUAUAUUCUGAUGCUAAUUCUCGUGGCAGUAAACAGAUGUAGCCUAUAGCUGAUCAUGCCAUGACGUUCAUAUGUUCAAAGUGUAAACAACUGUGUUUUAAACCCUGUAAACAUAUUUGCAACAGCACUGAAACAAGACGGAGAGGAUACCAGCCCGAUUUGAGUUUAUACUGUUUAAUAAUUAUACUGUUUGAGAGUUGUCUACGUGUAUAAAACCAUUGAAGGUUGCAAAAUCAUUCGUUUUUUAAGUUGUUAUUACGAGACACACACUCGCGUAGUAGUGGCUCGCCUUACAGGAGCUGAUAGGCUACAUUGGAAAUAAAAGCAACAGAUAAAAGGUAAUCGCCUGUUAGGUUAAUAGGCAAUUAUCUCUAGUCUGAUAGGAUUGGUCGACUCAAUUGUCAGUCAUACGCUCCAAAGACUAACGGGUAUGAAUCAGAUGAAUCCUACUAUUCGUCUAUCCAUAGUGCGCUCUCGCUCACUUUCAUGAAGCACUUCGCGCGGACACACCUGAUGCGAGUAUCUUUUCUUUUCAUUUUAAAUUAAAUAUGAACAGAUUUUGAACGAUGUAUUUAACACUAGGCUAUUUAUCAGUAAGUCUGUUAUAGACAGUGAAUAGGGAAGUUAUGGAUUUAUGACGGUUUCGUCUUUAGAGUGGAAGAGGAUCGUAUAACUUUUGCCAAUAUGCGUCUUUGGAUUAUGACUCUCUCCCGACGGUCCUAUGGAAUAUAGCCCAAUAUAUCAGAACCUACAUGUUGUCUCAUCAUCCACCUCGAAGAAUAAAUUGUUCGUUUUCUGCAUCAUGCUUUCCCUGUGGAUGUACAUGAUAUACUGCUGCGUCGGAUACUGUUCAACCAUGCCAAGUAUAAUGGUCAGUUCAGCCAACAGUAAACAUUCUCAACAUGCUCAAGUGGAGCCCAACAAAACUCAAACCCGGUUCCAGAACCAAGUAAAUGUUGACUCUGACACGCAAGAAGAUUUUUUAGAUCCGUUAUUCGGGGUAUCAUCCAGGGAUUUAUUGAACAAUGAGAACGAUUUGGACAGCAGAGGAGAAGACUGGGAUGAGAUACAGAACGAGCAGAGGACUUUCGAUGACAAUGUCAUGUCAAAUCUGUUGAAUGAGUCGGGGCCGGCGGAGAGUAAGAAGUUACCGCAGGCGAUUAUCAUUGGAGUGAAGAAAGGAGGCACGCGGGCGUUGUUGGAGUUCCUCCGAGUGCAUCCUGAUAUCAGAGCUGUUGGAGCCGAGCCCCACUUCUUCGAUCGGAACUAUGACAAGGGACUGGCGUGGUACAGAGACUUGAUGCCUGUGACCCUGGAGGGACAGAUUACUAUGGAGAAGACCCCCAGCUAUUAUGUCACCAAAGACGUGCCCGCCCGCAUUCAUACCAUGUCCCCGGACACCAGCCUCGUCGUUGUCGUUCGAGACCCUGUCACCAGGGCCAUCUCUGACUACACCCAGACCCGCUCCAAGAAACCAGACAUCCCCUCCUUCGAGAGCCUGGUCUUCAAAAACAGCACUAUGGGUCUCAUCGAUACAGCGUGGAGUGCUGUGCAGAUUGGCAUGUACGCCAAACACCUGGAGCGCUGGCUUCAGUACUUCCCCAUGGACCAGCUCCUCUUCGUCAGCGGGGAGAGGCUGAUCUCGGACCCGGCGGGGGAGAUGGCUCGCGUUCAGGACUUCCUAGGUCUCCGGAGGGUGGUGACUGACAAACACUUUCAUUUUAACCCGGCCAAGGGGUUCCCCUGCCUCAAGAGACCAGAGGGGAACAGUAAACCUCACUGCCUUGGGAAAACCAAAGGAAGGACGCAUCCGAAUAUUGACCCCGAAGUGGUGCAGAGGCUAAGGGAGUUUUAUAAACCGUUUAACAGGAGGUUCUACCAGAUGACUGGGCAUGACUUUGGAUGGGACUGACGGAGUUCAGUUGAUAAAGACAUUCUAGACAGAGACACUGACAGAGACACUGACCAAAAUGGCACCCAAUAACCUGAUUGGUAGGACACUACACUCAAAAGUAGUGUACGAGCGGUACGGUAUAAUAAAUAAAUGUAGUGAUGCGUCAGCCAGGACAAAAGUAGUGCACUAGCGCCAGUGUUUUACUGUAGGGGACAAGGUCUCAUUUGAUUCGCUCACGUUCCUGUUGUCAUUCAAUGUUUAUAUACGGGAGUUGUUGAAAAAAUUACAAAAGUGUAUUUUAUGCUAAUUUAUUUCUAUUACGAUAUUAAGCCACUAAGCUGCCUGUCUAUGUUUGUUUGUCAUCCACCACAUAUCUUUACGUUCCAGUUAUUUUCAUUUUUUUAUAUUUUAAAAUGUCCUUGAAAAAUGACAAGGUAAAAAAAAGCUCUAUUCUGUUACAGGUAGGAGUACUCAGCAAUCAGGGUUUGGUUGGAGCCGUUGUUUCUUUUCAACAUUUCAUACAAUUUACUGCAUACGGCUUCUUUAGUCUGUUUUUAUGUACCUCCUAUCUGCCAACAAUAUCUCCCCAAAUCUUACCUGCAACUAUCAGGCAAUUGUUUAAAACUUGACCCAACUCCAUUAUCAUUUCUACUUAAUCUUACUCCAAUGAGAAAAUAUUCCUGACGGAUUCUUUCAGGCUUUUUGAAAUGUGCCCUACAGGGGAAACACUACAGAAGAAACACUAAACUUCAUAGAACAACCAUUUAACCCAAACAGUUUUAAUCUUGUAGAGCCCAUAAAGGAUCGUCCAUGCAUAUUUGUGCUCCUGACAUUCACUCAAGGGUACAACAGUAUACAAUUCAGCAUUAAAGCCCACCGCUGUGAUUCAACAUUAAAUAAUGUAUUCCACAAAGGCCUGAAAUAACACUUUAUCCAUCAGAUCGAUAGACAGCAUAGGACCCGACCUGAUCCAACUGAUUCAGGUCACAUCUUCACACCCUAUACCCUACAUAGUGCUCCAUGUUUGACCAGUAUUCUCUAAAUAGUGCACUACUUUUGAUCAGCAAUAGGUUGCCAUUUGGGAAGAGCCCUCAAGUCUUUCAAGCCAGGGGAUCAAUACAGUAAUGACUCCUCAUUAUGUCAGUUUUACUAAAGCAAUGUCACAUUACAGCUGAGCAAUAUCACCUAGAUAGUCUCUGGGCCUCCUGCUAUCAAACAAUCAAAUCAGACGUUUAAUUUGAGUUAAUGUAUGUCGGAACAUUAUAGCAAAUCUUUUGUUAAUGUAAUGAUUUUGAUGUAUGUUCUGGAUUCCGGGCUCCUCUUAAGGGGUCGGGCUGUUAAGGAGGCUUUGCACUGUUUUCAUUGUCGGAGCUAUACAUUAGUUGUGUGAUUUAGCAAAUUUACCGUAGCUUCUUUGGGAUGGUCACAUUUUCAUUUUUGUAUACCAUUCUUUACUAGCAGUGAGGUUUGUGAAAUCAUAUGAAGCAACUAUUCAGGGAUGACGAGCUGACCAUUAUACACUAUAAUUCUACAUAUGAUCACAGACCUCUUUAGUCUUGUAAAGAUAAAAAGCACGGCUGUUUGACCAGUGUGCAUUUAUCAGGAAAUGUUAGUGAUACGUAAUAUUGUUCUUAUAGAAAUUCAAAGGCCGGGAUUCAAUACAGUCAAGCAUCAGUGCUCAUGAAAUUCUAAAGUAGUUUCCCCUUGAGCCAACAAGCAACAUUUACAUUAAUGUAAUCUCUGCAAUAUUGGGAAUGUUGCCUUUAACUGUCUGUUAUUGAACACGCCUUUGAUUGAAUCCCGACCAAAGUCUUGCUUUUCAGGUUCACAAUUCCUACCUAUGGUUGAGUUUUAUUCAACCCUAUACAAAAAAAAUCACUCAAUGCCAAUGUCUGUAAAUUAUAUAUUCAUUAACAGAUCCAACUAUUUUGCUUUACAUGUUCCAUUUGACAAAGUUGAAAAUGAAGCUGAUGUAAUUGACUGAAGAAUAUAAUAUGAACCAUUCGUCUUAUUUCUUUGAAAUAAUAAAUAUAUUUUAC